GCAAGAUUCACUAUUCGCACGCUGCAUCUGAGUGUUGUACACAGCAAUGACCACCAAGAUCAUAUGGAUAUGUUUCGCAGCUGCUGUAGCGAUAAGCGUUGAGGCUAUGCCGCCCAAUGACCCGUCUCAAUCGUCAGCGGAAUACUACUUCUUCAGGUACAAGAGCACGAACCCCUUGAACGGAUCGCACACAGCCAACGCCACAGGUCAACACUUCCACGAGGAAAUUAGCGACAGCGACAACGUUCGCUCAGGAUCCUACGGCUACGUGGACGCCAAUGGUAUCGAACGCCGCGUGGACUAUGUAGCCGAUGCAAGCGGCUUCCGAGCCGUUGUGCGAGCAACCGACACUGGUCCUUUUGGAAAGGACUCGAAUGUGUAUCGCUACAUCACGCACAAUACAGAAUUCCCUAAGCCAAAGAAUUUUCCCCAGUAGUAUAGUUGCAGGGUCUCCAUCUGGCUGCCAUCUGUUGAACUGUCGUAGAAUUUGGAAAGCAGACUGAGGCUAGUUAGGCUGAUGUGAACUAUGCACAGGUGCCACUGCCUCGAGAAUGAGGAUCGAAGGUAGACAUGUCCAGGUAUGAUUUCAUUUAGAACAAUAAUAGUCGAAGACAGACAACGUAUAGUCAGUGACACGUUAAGUCCUACAAUUGGGACCGCCCACUCAUCCGUGGAAGGCUCCUGCGAUUGGCUACGAGCCUUCGCACGACGCUCCAUGUAUAGUGCCGGCUCUCUCUCCCCCAGUCCCCACUUGGCCGCGCCAUCUAUCGUCCCACACGCUUCGCUCUGCAGCCUGUUCUCAAGGAACGACUUUCGAAGGUUACCGUGAGCUGUUAGUUUAAGUCGAAGUGUGUAGUCUCUGUCGUCCAAUCCUCAUUGCCAACGAAACGAUACCUGGACAUGCCAUAAAAUAAAAUCUUCCUGCGUUGCGUCGGAUUCGCCGGAAAGAAAUCACUGUGACAGACAUCCUCUCAUAUUUCCUCAUCACUCCCCUAUCUUCCACUCACCCCACAAGUCUUCUAGAUAUUCAGGUGGUCACACGACAAUCCUGUCGUCAACAAUCAUUGCGAUCUCACGAAUAAUGGCUGUACUACGGACCGCGCCAGCGUAUAACACCUCGCAGAUAAAACCGGUACCCUAGUCAAGUAACAUGCUUCAGCUUUCAUUCGUAUGUCCUCUCAUUGUUUUCAUAGGACAAGUUCAGCUGUUCGCCCUUGUGCUUGAGACGUCUGAGCGGCUUUUAGAAGAGAAGUAGAACAUGUAUGGCUUUCUAAGUGUUGUGCUAAUUGUACCUGAUGGUCGUGUAACCUCUUGUUAUAUGUUCCAGUGGAAUUCAACAUUCUAUGUAUUGUCUUGCCAUAGGCUUAUUAAAUACCCUACACAAGUU